GUUAAACGCUAACCUUUGGACCGAACGUCCCCAGAGGCACUGCGCGUCCUCUCCUCCAAACACUCUGAUGACCACGCUCCUACCGACGUGCUCCUAGGGCCAGCCAAAGCUCGUGGCGAUGGACGAGGAACAUCUCCACGAUGACCUGCACAUCUUUAAAGACAGAAGCUUCUUCCAGCAGAAGCUGAGGUCCUUUCUCACGAUUUACCUUCUGCUGGCGCUCUCCUUCUUGCUGAUGAUCACCCUGUUUGCGGUGUCGCUCUCCAGAGUUUCUGCCAUCUCUUCUAAACUCAACGAGGUGCACACGGAGAAGAAACAGAACUUUUCCAACAGGGAUUCCCUCUUGUUUCCCUGCGGACCCGAAGCCAGGGAGUGGGAAUACUUCGAUGGCAAAUGCUACUACUUCUCCAUAGACAGAAUGAGCUGGUACAAGGCAAAGACCCAGUGCGAGGAGAUGCACUCGCGCCUGGCCAUCAUUAACAGCUUCGCCAAGCAGAAUUUUGUCAUGUUCAGGACAAGGAAUGAGCGCUUCUGGAUUGGGCUGACGGACGGGAACUCGGAAGGGGAGUGGGAAUGGAUCGACGGGACCGACUACAAGAGCACGUUCACAUUCUGGAAGGAGGGCGAGCCCAACAACAGCGGCAACAACGAGGACUGUGCCCACAUCUGGACCUCUGGGCAGUGGAACGACGUCUACUGCACCUUCGAGUGCUACUACCUCUGUGAAAAGCCUGUGCCCAACUGAGCUGGCGCCGAGCAAAGCGGCGUGCCGGUGCCCUGGCACCCCAAAUGUGUCCUUUCUCUUCUUAAUUUAUACUAUCCUGCCCAUUUCCUGCUGGUUCCUCUCGACCGCCCUGUCCUGCUGGGGACAGGGAUGGACUUCCAUGGUCCUAAGCAGGAAUCCAGCUUCUCCAUGGGGAGCUCGGCCGAAUAAAGGAGGAUUAUUGCUCUGGAGCAAUGGUUAACGCGGCCUCUCUGCUCCAGGGAGGCCGAGCUGGGGCGGCGGCGGGCACUAAGGGGAUGCAGGGUGCGGGUUGAGCGCUGUGUCUGGGGAGUUGGUGCCAGCUCAGUUUUCCUAUCAGGGGAAAAAAAAAAAAAAAAAAUCGUCAUUUUGG